GAAAUUAUCAAGUGUGACGUUGAGUCUCAGCAAAGACCAGUCAGUUGAAAAAAAGAAUUCUACGCAGUACUACUCCGUACAGCUAGGGCCGGUUCACCCUCACAUCCCUUUUCCAUCCAUCUCCCAUACCUAAGUAGACAGCCCUGGCACCAAACAUGGUCCGCCACAAAAAGGACAAUUUCUCGUCCCGGGGGAAGCAAUACAACCGCGGACCGCCGCGAAACCCGCGACGCCAGAACGCCGACAACCACGAUGGCGACGGCAAUGGCAACAAUCCCGACGGCAGCGCUGCCCCAUCGGCCAACGCCUCGUCGCGCUCACGUCCCGCGUUCAAGGCCGCCUGCUGGGACCUGGGCCACUGCGACCCGAAGCGGUGCUCCGGCAAGCGCCUGAUGAAGCUGGGGCUGAUGCGCGAGCUGCACCUGGGGCAGCGGCACUCGGGCGUCGUCAUCACGCCCAACGGCAAGCAGACGCUGUCGCCCGCGGACCGGCCGCUGCUGGAGCAGUACGGCGCCGCCGUGGUCGAGUGCUCGUGGGCCCGCACCAAGGAGGUGCAGUGGGGCAAGGUGGGCGGCCGGUGCGAGCGCCUGCUGCCCUACCUGGUCGCCGCCAACACCGUCAACUACGGCAAGCCGUGGCGCCUGAACUGCGCCGAGGCGCUGGCCGCCGCCUUUGCCAUCUGCGGCCACCAUGACUGGGCCGUCCAGGUGCUGGCCCCGUUCUCGUACGGAUCCGCGUUCCUGGAGAUCAACGCGAGCCUGCUGAAGAGGUAUGCGGCGUGCGAGGACGAGGCGGCGGUCAAGAGGGCGGAGCAAGAAUGGAUGGAGCGGCUAGACCGGGAAUAUGCCGAGAGCAGGGAGGAGGGGGAUCCCGAUGAUCUGUGGGCGGGCGGAAAUAUGAAUCGGAGGGCACCUGUGGAGUCGGACGAGGAGGAGUCGGAAGCUGACGGCAGUGACGACGACGACGGGGAGGAUGAUGAAAACGCCGAUGGAGAGCCGGACGACGACCAAGAAAGCAUAGACGGCAUCUACCUCGGUAGCAAACCGCCACCAAAAGUACGAGCAGAACAGCAACAACAACAAAAACAACAACAACCAAAAGAAAAAGAUCGCUACGCGCUGCCCUCUGACAGCGAAGAAGACGAAGACGACGACGCCGAGAUGGAAGCGAUCCGCCGCAAGAUCCUCGCCUCCAAGCCCUUCUCCAACCCGCAACCGGACGAGAAAAAGCCGCUCGAGACGAUCGCGCGGCCGCAGCAGCAGUUCAAGCCGGACUCGGACGCGGAGCCGGACUCGGACAACGGGUCCGACGACGCCGAGUUCGACAACAUCAUCAACGCCACGCCGCUGACCGACCGGAUCGGGCUGGUCAGGCUGGAAAAGGAGCGGUCGCGCAUCACCACGACGAGCAGGACGUUCUCGUCAGGCGGGGCGUCGGCGCCGAGGAGGUGGUGAUCUCAGGAUCUCAGUCACUGGGCGGUGUUGCCUCUUCCGGCCGUGCUUUGACAUAUAAGAGCGAUCUAUUAUUGUACAUGUACAUGGGUUGAUUGACAUCUACACCGCGGAUGCCAGC